AUGCGCAUGCUGUCCAUGCAAUUACAUAAGCUCCAGAAUCUGGAGAAGGCAAUGCGUGAUGGCGAGCCGAAGGAGCGAGCGGCGCUGAGCCUGAAGCAGCUGGCUAAUCUGUUUGGAUUCCUGCGGACGGAUGGAGAUGGAGAUAUUUUGAGUGUUGAAGCCGAUUAUCAGGAGGAUGAGGGGGGUGGUGGAGGUGGGGGAGGAAGUCAUGAUGGAGGUGGGGACUUCAAUGCGGGGGAGUUUCUGGGUGGGAGUGGGGAUGCAGGUGCUAGUGGGCAGUGGGGUGGUCAGAAUUGGGGACGGGGAGAAAGUGCGGAGCAUCAGAGAUUUGGUUGGAAAGAUGUUGGCAUGGAGGGAUAUGGGCAUGUGAUGGAGGUGGAGGAUGAGGAUGAGGAUAUUUGAGGUCCGCCUUAACACACCACGAUCAACUUAACCUGCGACGUUGCGCAGGUCUACCACCUUUGCCCUAUUCACAUUCAGCUAAGCGACUCCGGAAUCUAGCUAUAUGUACGAGUUUCAAAAUCACUUUUGCGAUUCAACAUCUCAACCCGAUCUACAUUUCAGCACCUUCUAUUUCAAUACGACUUCAACAUCGACUUCUCUUUCCAAGCUGCAGUAUGCAACAAUCGGUAUUCAACAAUUCAGAGGUGUAGGAAAGGAAGGGAAUAUUGCUUCGUCUCUCUCUAUCCUGCUCCUGUUCACUCGCUGGCGUCAGGGGACAUAUUAAUUCUCAUUUUUUAUUUCUCAGUCUACAUUAUUUCUCAAUCCUUCCGCUUUGGAAUUGAUCGAUGUGUAUUAUCUUAAAAUUCAACAUCCAGACUUGACAGGCGGGCUAACUGAAUUUUAAAAGGUUCCAGGCCCCGGAGGUAGGGACUUUGCUACUGGGAUUGACUGGUGGAUGGGGAUACCUGGGCUAGGGAUCUAGCUGUUGGAUAGGUAUAUAAAGGGGGUCUGGAUACAUGGAUAACAUAACAAAAGCAAAGUACUAAAAGCGAAACAUGACAUUAGAAUUGAGAAUUUGAAAGUUUG